AGGAGGUAUACAAGGCCCGAGCCUCCUUCCUUCUGACACAUCUGGAGUAAUCUAAGGAUCCUACAGAAUCUGGGGCCACUCUCCUGUGUCUCUGCUCACAAUGUCUUUCAUCCCUGUAGACCCAGAAUCUGAUUUUCCCAUCCAGAAUUUGCCGUAUGGGAUUUUCUCAACAGAAAAUGAGCCAAGACAUAGGAUAGGAGUGGCUAUUGGCGACCAAAUCCUGGAUCUGAGUGUCAUCAGGCACCUAUUUAAUGGCCCUGUAUUGUCGGGAAAACAAGAUGUGUUUCAUGAGCCAACCCUAAAUAGUUUUAUGGGCCUGGGGAGCAAAGCAUGGAGGGAGGCCCGACAAACUCUGCAACAGCUACUGUCAGCGACAGAGCCCACACUUAGAGACAACAAGGAGCUGCGUGCCAGAGCAUUUGUUCCGCAGUCAGUGGCGAAGCUUCAUCUACCAGCAAAUAUCGGGGAUUACACAGACUUCUAUUCCUCCAGGGAUCACGCUACAAAUGUGGGGAUUAUGUUUAGAGGGAAGGAGAAUGCUCUGAUGCCGAACUGGUUACAUCUGCCAGUUGGUUACCAUGGACGGGCAUCUUCUGUUGUGGUUUCUGGUACUCCUAUUAAAAGACCAAAGGGACAAAUAAGGCCAAGUGAUGAUAAACCACCAAUUUUUGACGCCAGCAAACUCUUGGACAUUGAGCUAGAAAUGGCUUUCUUCGUGGGCCCUGGAAAUGAUUUGGGGAAGCCAAUUCCCAUUCAGAUAGCUGAUGAGCACAUUUUUGGCAUGGUGCUGAUGAAUGAUUGGAGUGCCAGAGACAUUCAGAGAUGGGAAUAUGUUCCACUUGGUCCUUUCUUGAGCAAAAACUUUGCAACCACUGUCUCACCAUGGGUGGUUCCUAUGGAAGCCCUUAUGCCUUUUGUGCUACCAAAUCCAGUGCAGGAUCCAACACCACUGCCAUAUCUCCAGGAUAAGAGUAAUUACACAUUCAAUAUUAACUUGUCUGUCUGCCUGCAAGGAGAGGGAAUGAAGGAGCCUGCCACUAUAUGCAGAUCUAAUUUCAAAUACAUGUAUUGGACUAUGAAGCAACAGCUGACCCAUCACACUGUUACUGGCUGCAAUGUUCGCCCUGGAGAUCUUUUGGCUUCUGGAACUAUAAGUGGACCGGAUCCUGAAAGUUUCGGCUCUAUGUUAGAACUUUCGUGGAGAGGGUCCAAGCCAAUUGAUCUUGGAAAUGGACACACUCGUACAUUUUUGAGAGAUGGAGACACUGUAGUCUUAAGAGGUUACUGCCAAGGAGAAGGUUAUCGAGUUGGAUUUGGGGAAUGUUCUGGAACAAUUGAACCAACAGAAUAGAAGACUGUGCCUUUUUCUUGUUUCAUUAUAUAGGGAGUUUACAGUAUUCCUAUAAAUUCACAUGGACAGCUGAAAAACGCUGACAGCAUUAUGGAACAUUCUGCAAACCAUAUGUCUUGAAUGUGGAAUAAACAGCAUUUUUUUCUACUGGUAUCCAACAAAUUCCUCUGUUACAGCACAUUUGAUUCUCACAGACUGCGAGAGAUGACUUCUACAUUUUGCAACCCAAUCUUUCAGCCCCAUACGCUGUUUACCUAUCAUAUACAGUAACUAAAUUGUAGAAAAUCCACAUCGGCCAAAUACUUCAUGUAAAUGAAUAAUGAGGAUACAUACAGAUUUGUUGCUGAAUUAUAGAGCAGAUUCUGCACAUAAAAUCCUAAACAAUACAGUACAACUUGUGUAGUUUUCAAAACCCAUGCUGCUUUAGGAAUAUUCUGCCCAAGUCAUCAGAAUGAAAGGGUUUUGGCGCUUGCUUGAGCGCCAUGUCCCCUUCACUGUUGUCCUAGGAACAAUGUGCGCGUGCCUCUGGCUCAGAGUUUAGGACCAUUCCAUUCAGUUAGUACAGUAUUGGCUGUAACUGCAAGUGCAGAUGUAUCUUUGUCUCUAAAUUAAGACUGCACUCCAUAUAAGCUCUGAAGCCCUGUUGUUCUGCUGAUUGGCGGGGGUGUUGUGGGGGGUGGAAGGUUCUGAGUUGGAGCCCCACCAAUUCCCCAUUAAUGCCCUCAUCUAAGGAUAGGCCAUGCUGGAUGUAAGUGGUUUUCCCUAAAAUAUUAAUAAUAAAAAAAAGGGAAAAAAAAAAGAAAAAAGGUAAAAUGCUCUUUCAAAGAUCCUCCUUGAAAAUGUUGAUCCUGGAGGGUGGGUAAUAAACGCAUCAGCGGUGGAGCACAAGUAGUCAGGGAGGAGUGGGGCGUGAAGACGCAGUGCUCUUCGCUGGCAAGGGGAGGAAAUUUGUAAAUAAUUAUAAAAAAAUAAAAUAAAAAAAUAAAGAUAAAAAAAAAUAAUAAUAAAAAAAAAAGGAAAAAAAGAAAAGAAAAAAAAAGAAAAUUAUAAUAAGGGGACUGAAGGAUGAUAGAUUGUGAGAGUGAGGAAGGAGGAGAGAGGGAGGAAAUUAAUAGUGCAAUUGGGUUUUGAGUAAAACGUGGACUUUGAGAGGGGGUGGAGCCAAAUUUUUUAUUUAUUUUGGGAUUGUCUUAGGGAUA